AUGAAUUAUUCGAAUUAUUUUUUGAAAUACUACCUGGAUUUUAUACAGUUGAUCAAUCAACUAAUAUCAAUACGAUUAAAAGAUGAAUCAGAUAAAUAUCUUCUAUUAAAACAAAAUAUUCUUGCUACAUAUCCUCGAACAAUUACUCGACAAGAUUUAGUUGAUACUCAUUUAUAUUUAAUAAAAAAAUCUUGUUUGGAUAUUGCUAUUCAUUCAAACUAUUCAUUAUUUCGUAAACAAUUUCUACCAGAAAUGAUUCAACGAAUGGCAACUGGUCAAUUACUUGAAGAUCUCAUUUCAACAUCUGCUAAUAUAUCAUCACUCAUUUUAUCAUAUACCAAUGAAGAUAUUACAUUUAAAGAUCGAUUAGAACAGAUUCAAAUUUGUCCUGAUUAUGUUGUCGGUGAUGGACAUGUUAUUGGAAAGAAAACGACAGCUAAACGAAUUAUUAUUGGAAAAAAUUGUCAAAUUGAAAAUGAAUGUAAAAUAGUUAAUUGUGUUUUACUAGAUAAUGUUUAUGUUAAAGAUUGUUACUCUUAUGUUAAUCUUCCAUCAAAUUGUUAUUCCGUAAGUAAUCUUCCAACAAAUACCGAAUGGACACUUACAACAAAUGUAUAUUCUCCAGUUGUAUCAAAUGCAAUGAUUGUUGAAUCUCGAGAAGAAUUAAAAUUUCCUUCAACAGAUUCAAUAACAACCGAAACUCCUUCUGAAAUAACAUCCAGUGACAAAUCACCAAUAAAUGGAACUGAUAUGAAAACAGAAUUUGUUAAUUCUCCUAAAAAACAAUUUAAAAUAGGUCAUGUUGAAAUCAUUGUUCGUGAUCCUCAACGUCAGUGA